UGAUCAAAACACAUAUCACUCACUCCAUAACAUACACUACUUUCUCCUAUGGCCUUCAACUUGCAUUUCAAGUUGGUUGCUCUCGCAGCCCUUUUCUUGUUGGGGGCAUGGGAAUCUCUAGCCACUGCACGUACUUUUGAAAAGACCUCUUUGUUCUUGAGCCACCAGAGGUGGAUGACUCUCCAUGGACGUACAUAUAAAGAUGAGGCCGAGAAGGAAAAACGUUUCUAUAUUUUCAAGGAAAACGUGAAGUUUAUUGAAGAUUUCAACAAGGCUGGCAAUCGGUCUUACAAACUAGGCACCAACAAAUUCACCGAUCUUACUAAGGAGGAGUUUCGGGCCACCUUGCUCAAUAAAGAAAAGUCACUACGCCCUAAGACAUUACAACCAGCAUUCUUUUUAAAUGAGAGUUUGGAUCAAGCUCCAAACUCUUUGGAUUGGAGAGAGCAAGGUGCCGUCACAGAUAUCAAAGACCAAGGAAACUGCGGUUGUUGCUGGGCGUUUGCUGUGGUGGCGGCGGUGGAAGGACUAACCAAAAUAAAAACCGGCCAACUAAUUUCCUUAUCCGAACAGCAACUCCUCGACUGCGACCUCACCAGCGACGGCUGCGGCGGCGGAAUCCGAACGGAGGCCUUCCAAUUCAUAAAGGACAACGGCGGCCUCGUGACGGAGUCCGAUUACCCCUACGAGGGCGCUCAGGAGAGCUGCAACACCCAAAACCUCGGCACCCCGGCCGCCACCAUCUCCGGCUACCAAGAAGUGGCCCCCACCGAAUCCGCUCUCCUCGCGGCCGUCACGAACCAGCCUGUCUCCGUCGGAAUCACCAUCGGCGGGGACGUGUUCCAGCACUACAAAACCGGGGUUUUCACCGGCGACGAAGGGGACUGCGGGUCGGGAUACCGCCACGCCGUGACGAUCAUCGGGUACGGGACGAGCGAUGAUGGAGAGGAUUAUUGGUUGGUGAAGAAUUCAUGGGGGAACAGUUGGGGUGAGAGUGGUUAUAUGAAGAUGGCCAGAGGAAUUAAUGAAGAUGGAGUUUGUCAGGUUAACACUAGGGCUUCUUACCCCACAGCUUAAAUUUUACUCAGAAUUAUAUAUUGUUUCAAUUUGCAAAUCUAUUGCAAGUUUGCAACAAGCAAAUUUAUAGUAAAAAAAAUGCUUCCAAUUUAUAUACAUGAUGUGUUGGGAUAGUGUGAAAGACAUGUAAUGUAUCAUUAAGUUACAUUGUGAAGUGUAACUUAUUUUUAUCUUAUUAUAAUGAAAUAAAUUUCAUAUAA